AUGUCUGCGUCACCACGCAAACCCGGAACACCCAAAUCCUCAACUGCUGCGGAAAGCCCCUCGGUUAAUGGUUCGCCUUCGCGGAGUCAUACUCGAUCUCCCAGCGCCGCCGCGACAAAUGGCUUGACUCGUACUCCCUCCGGCCGCCAACCCGUUUCUGCGCGUGCUGCUGCCCGAAGGCCAACCCGCUCCAAUCUCAGCAUGUCGUCAAGCAUUCCGAAAGUGAAUAAUGACCCGUCGGAGGAGGAGGCGCGGGCUCAGAAUGCUGCUCUUAUUGAGGACUUGAAGGAACAGUUGCAGAAGGCGGAGACGGCCUCCGAGCAGUACCGGAAGCAGCUCGGGGUCUUGCAGAUGAAACUUGACGAGGCGGUUAGUGAACAGGGAAAAUUGGAGGACCAGUCUCAUGAGAGGGAGAGCAAGAUUGAAGCGCUAAAUGGUGAGAUUCGUGAGCAUGUUCGCCAGAUCCGGGAUCUGGAGCAAUCUCAUGAAAUGGAACGGAACGCUAUGCUACAGGAGAAGGAACAGCAGGCUAGCCGCGAGGAGGAGAUGCAGGCUACUAUUCAACGAUUGAAGGAGUCUGUGGCACAGAAGGACAUGAAGAUUAAUGCUGAGAGUGGUAAGGACGUGUCGCGCUCUUUAUCACAGUUUGCUAACGCCCACGCAGCUAGUUUCCGUAACCGGUCUUCCCCAGAAGUCGAUGGACAGUUUGCGCCCUCGUCGCAACUCGAACGCAGCCCGUCGCGGAAUAACUCUAAGCUGCUCCUGCAGAAGGACAAGUUGAUCGAGUCUCUCCGCCUGGAGCUGGCGGAGUCUCAGAUUAAGCUUGUGGAGAUGGAGAACAAGGGUGGUGGUCGUCAGCGAGAACUCGAGAAGGAGCUCCUUGAGGCUCGCAUGGCCAAUGCUCGUCUGAUGGAGGACAACGAGAGCUACCAGUUGCUUCUGAGCGAGCGGACCCUCAACGGCGACUUUGCCAAGGGCGAGUUUAUGCGUGAAUUACACCCUGACACUCCUGAGCCCUCCGAAGCCGCCAACGAUUCAGGAAACAACCUGGGAUCCUUGGCUGAAGAGCUGGAAUCCAUGGACGCCAAGGCCGAAACGGACCAUAUGCGCAAGCUCGAAACCGAGGUCCGCACCCUGAAGGACCAGAACAAGGCGUUGACCCUCUACAUCGAGCGCAUCAUCAGCCGCGUCCUUCAGCACGAGGGCUUCGAGACUAUCCUGGACAAGAACGAGAACGAUCCCCCGGCCAACGCGAAGCCGAAAAAUACCAGCACCGAGAAGGAUCUUCCCCCAACCCCUCCUGAACACGACGAUAGCGGAGGGCAGUCCUUUCUUAAAAGAGCUAGAUCAGCUGUUGGACCGAACCAGCCCCCGGCCAAACCUAGGUCCCGUCCAACUAGCGUUAUGCAACCACCUACAAGCGUCCCGACAGGUCCUCCCACUGCUCACGAGAACCCAAAUACCGCACCUAGCAUCCCGCUCAACCGUGCCCAAUCCGUACGGCUUGGCCACCGUCGGGCUCGAUCUGACCAAGCAGAUGUCUCAGCCGCCACAGUCAUCGGCCAGAUAUAUCGUGGACGAAAUUCCGGAGGUCCAGUGAGCCCCACAAUCAUGGGCCCCGGCUCCCGCCAGAGUCUCUUCGGUGGAAGUGUCAUGUCUUCGGGUAUGAGCAGCACUGGCCGUGCACCGUCACUGUCUAGUCAGCCCGAACGUAGCCGGUUGAGCAGCUCGGAAAGCGUCACUAGCGACCUUCACGAAACCGCUUCUACCGGUGCAACUUCCAGCUCUCCUCGUUCCAGCAGCGGUAUGACCAACUAUACCGGAGCGGUCAUGACCCAGAACAAGCUGCGUCCCUUACGCUUGGUCAGUGAGACGCACAAGGCAGCCGAAGAAGAGGAACUUGCUCGCAAAAAGGCAAACCGACAAAGCUGGAUCCCCUGGUUCAACCGUACGAACACGAAUGAGUCCACGCAGUCUCCAACCUAA